AUGCGUCAUCCCGACGUGCCCCGCCAUGCGCUAAGCUUCCAAACUAGCCAUCGACGCGGGCUUCCUGCGCCCCCAACAGCGUCGUUCACCACCAUCUUACGUGGAUCUGUCCGUUGGACCAAGUACAACGGCUCUGGACACCGCCUAGCCAUCGACACAGGCUUCCUGCGCCCCCAACAGCGUCUUUCACCACCUCCUACGUGGAUCUGCCUGCUGGACCAAGCGCAACGGCUCUGGACGCCACCCUCAUCUCUCAACAACCCAUCUACCACCCUUAGCGUCGGUGCACGCUUUCUACGCCUACAUAGACCUUGUACCAUCGCUCUGGAUGCCACCCUCACCUUUCAAUCACGCUAUAUACUGCCUACUUUACACACCUCGCUAGACCUUUUACCACCACUAUGA